GGUAUCGAUACUUUUAUGAUAUCGGAACAUCCCUAAAUUCGCCAUCUGGUAAAAAUUGAUGGAGAGGGGGUAAAACGCCAGCUUUUACUCGCUACGUGAAAUUGUGCCUUGAGUUAUAUAUAUGUAUAUUUUGGAUAUGUGCUAUAUUUGAAGGGAGAAAGACAUAAGACAUAAAAGAUUGCGAAAUAUAUAAUUGUACAAACCACUUUGUAUUAGACUGUUUAUUCUAUUUAAAAAAUAAAAUUAAUUAGCAAUAAUUAAUUUAUUAAUUUAUUAAGUGAAAUGCAUCACUAUUAUACUGUUAGCAUUGCAAUGUGAGCACCUAACCUAAUCUAACCUUCUAACUGUUUUCUUUCAUUUUACAGAAGACUAUUAGAUACCGAUUAUCAAAAAGCUAUAUCUUCAAUUAGAAACACAUUAAUUGUUAGAAGAAAUUUUGAUACGUCAUCUAUUUUAAAAGAUUUUUAAAAGAUUAAUAGACGCUGUAUCAAAAAGCCAUACCUUCAGCUGCGGAGACAUAUUAAAGUCUGUAAGAAGAAAUUUUGCUUUAUCAGAAAGGAAUUUUGAAAUCGUCGAGCAACUUUUAAAUGCCACACGACAAGAAAAUCCUGCGACGCAGCCGGUCUCGCGACCGCGAGCGGGAACGUGAGCGUGAACGGGAACGACGGGACCGACGACGCAGCAGGAGUCGAUCCAAGGACCGCAAGAAGGAUAGGAAGCGGUCCAGGUCGAGGGAGCGAUCGCGCGAGCGCGAUAGAUCGCGGGAGAAGGAUCGGGACCGCUCGAGGGAGCGUCGAGAUGCCAAGGACAGGUCCAAGGAUGAGAAAAAGCAGCACAAGUGUAGCCCUGCGCUUGUGGAGGAGGACUCAAAGAAAGAUCUAAAGGGCAAUGAUGUUAAAAAGGAGGAAGAAGAGGCGGAGGAGAAGGCCAAGCAGGCAGCGAAGAAGGAGCCGUUGAGUCUGGAGGAGCUGCUGGCCAAGAAGAAGGCGGAGGAGGAAGCGCGAGCUAAACCGAAGUUCCUCAGUAAAGAGGAGCGCGCGGCCUUAGCGUUGGAGAAACGUCAAAAGGAAGUGGAAGCAAUGAGGAGGCAUACACAUACGCAGCAAGAGGAGGAGCUCAAGUCCUUAUUUUACAGCGACAGCACUGGAAAGGACAGAGAGUGGGAUGAUAGAGACAGCAGAAGAAGAGAUGGACAACGUUCACGUGAGGAUGAAAUUAAAGAUAAAGACAAGGAGAAAGAAGUGGAGGCUAUCAAGGAACGAUAUUUGGGCUUGGUGAAAAAGAAGAGGCGAGUGAGAAGACUGAAUGAUCGAAAAUUUGUCUUUGAUUGGGACACCUCGGAGGACACAUCUGUGGAUUACAAUAACAUUUACAAAGAGAGGCAUCAAGUGCAGUUCUUUGGUAGAGGUAAUCUAGCUGGUAUUGACAUAAAGGCACAAAAGCGAGAUCAGAGCAAAUUUUAUGGUGAAUUGUUGGAGAAGAGACGCACAGAAGCUGAAAAGGAGCAGGAAAAAAUGAGACUAAAGAAAGUGAAGAGAAAGGAAGAGAAGCAAAAGUGGGACGAUCGACAUUGGUCCGAGAAGGCGUUGAACGAGAUGACCGAGCGCGAUUGGCGCAUCUUCAGGGAAGAUUACAACAUCACGAUAAAGGGCGGUCGCAUUCCCGAUCCCAUUCGUUCCUGGAAAGAGUCCGGUUUUCCGAAAGAGAUUCUAGAUAUCAUCGACAAAGUGGGCUACAAGGAUCUCACACCUAUUCAACGACAAGCAAUUCCAAUUGGUCUACAGAAUCGAGAUAUUAUCGGCGUUGCCGAAACUGGGUCGGGAAAGACAUUGGCUUUCUUGAUUCCGCUGCUGUUAUGGAUUACUAAUCUGCCGAAAAUCGAAAGACUCGAAGAAGCGGAUCAAGGACCCUACAGUAUCAUUUUAGCACCCACACGUGAGUUAGCACAACAAAUAGAAGAAGAGACCAAUAAAUUUGGACAGCCAUUGGGCAUCCGGACUGUUGUGGUGGUAGGUGGUCUGUCGAGAGAGGAACAAGGUUUUAGAUUGCGAAUGGGAUGUGAGAUUGUCAUAGCUACACCUGGUCGAUUGAUAGAUGUCUUGGAGAAUCGAUAUCUUGUGUUGAAUCAGUGUACUUAUAUUGUACUGGACGAAGCUGAUAGAAUGAUAGAUAUGGGUUUUGAACCAGAUGUUCAAAAAAUUCUGGAAUACAUGCCUGUAACGAAUUUGAAGCCAGACAAUGAGGACGCGGAAAAUGAAGAAAAACUUCUAGCCAAUUAUAACACGAAGAAGAAGUAUAGACAAACCGUAAUGUUUACCGCCACAAUGCCACCGGCUGUAGAACGUCUCGCUAGAACUUAUCUAAGGAGGCCGGCGGUAGUUUACAUCGGUAGUGUUGGUAAACCGACAGAGCGUACCGAACAGAUAGUCCACAUAAUGGGCGAAGCCGACAAGCGAAAGAAACUCAUGGAGAUAUUGAGCAGAGGUGUCGAGCCACCCGUCAUUAUAUUCGUCAAUCAGAAGAAGGGUGCGGACGUGCUAGCGAAAGGCUUGGAAAAGUUUGGGUACAACGCUUGUACCCUGCACGGUGGAAAAGGCCAGGAACAGCGAGAAUAUGCCUUGGCAUCUCUUAAAAGUGGAAGUAAGGAUAUUCUAGUCGCCACUGAUGUCGCAGGACGAGGUAUUGACAUCAAGGACGUUUCUAUGGUCAUCAACUAUGACAUGGCUAAAACCAUCGAAGAUUACACACAUAGGAUCGGACGAACUGGCCGAGCUGGUAAAGCUGGCCUCGCUAUUUCCUUUUGCACGAAAGACGACAGUCACUUGUUCUAUGACCUUAAACAGACCAUCCUCGCCAGUCCGAUAUCCACUUGUCCGCCGGAACUACUUAAUCAUCCAGAUGCUCAGCAUAAGCCUGGAACGGUGGUUACCAAGAAACGGCGGGAAGAGAAGAUCUUUGCUUAAUCUCUCUUCGUGGCGAGCAUUUUGGUUAGAUGACAUAGGAUCCAAGUUGGAACAUCCAAUGAUUUAGAGUUGCGAGAAAUGUAAGAGGAAAACACCGUGAAUUCGAAUCAUCUCUCUCAUUUGGAUCAUGUUUUUUUAAAAAAACUUGAUCAAAAUGGAUUUCUCUUGCAUUGCUUUAUGGUUGCUACAAAAAUGAUUCCAUAAGGUGAAGAUGAGAUUAUGGACAGACAUGAAUGCACGUAUAAUGCCAUUUUCAUUCUAUAAAAUAUAAAAAUUGAAAAUGCAAAAUACAGAGGUAGAUCCAAAUGGAUCAAUAAUAUAAUAUGUAUUUUGAAUUCUUACAAGAAAACACGAUGAAUCAUUUAGAGUUAUGACUAAAUGUCUGUUGGCAUGAAUAAUGUAAAUACUUAUUUACACGAUAUGUAAACAAUAAAAUUAUUUGAAUUAUAAUACAGUAAGUAAAUGCGCGAGAUUUUCUACAA